GUCCUGCAGGUGGCGCCGGACUUUAACAAUCGAAUCUGACUGCACAGGAAGUGCAGAAGCGCUGGAGCGGCGUUUGCUAGUUAGCUGCAUGUUAGCACGAUUCAUCUUCAUGGAAUUAAUAACGUAAAAGCUCCGCAUGCACUUUUAAUAACAACGGUAUUUUUUGUCGGGUGAUCAUUUUGUUCAAAGCAAGAUGUCGGACAGAAAGCGAGCAAGAGAGAAGGAGGACAGACGACACCACAAGAGGGACAAGAUACCAAAAGAUGAUUUGGAGAAACUGAAGAAGCACACGAAAAAAGUCAGCCAAGAAGUCCAGAAACUGAAACACAUCGAGACAUUCUAUGAGAAACCUCCACCGGGAUUUAUUAAGGAGCAUGAAGAAAAACCAGAGGACUGUAUCCCUGCAGAACCAGGAAAUGAAGAAGCCAGAAGCUUCCUGGCCCACGCUCCCACGAAAGGGCUGUGGAUGCCUCUAGGGAGGGAGGUGAAGGUGAUGCAGUGCUGGAGGUGCAAGCGCUACGGCCACAGGACAGGUGAUCGGGAGUGUCCUUUCUUCAUCACAGGCAACCAGAAACUGGAGCACUUCAGAGUGGCACACGAAGACCCAAUGUACGACCUGAUUCGGGAAAACAAAAGGAAUGAGAAGGAAACCAGGAUCCAGCAGCUGCAGCAACUGCUCCAGGACACCACUUCCUCUUCCGCCUCCGACUCAGACAGCUCCUCCUCUUCUUCAUCCUCCUCCUCUGAUCACCAUCCCAGAAAGAAGAGGAAAAAGAAGAAGGACAAAAAGAAGAAAGACAAAAAGAAGAGCAAGAGGAAGCGAAAGCACAAGUCCAAAACUAAUGACUCCUCCGAUUCAGACUGAGGGCAUGCUGAUACGCGAACUUGAGUAUUACGUGUUUUGCACAUAAAAAAGGAAAGAGACUGAAAUGCAGCACAGCGAGACCUGCACCCUGAAGACGCCCCCAUAAGCUUUUCCCCCUCAGGUUAAAAGCUGUUUAUGGACCAAGCAUGAUGACUUCUCCCUCACAUUUCUUUCCCCCCCAGGGCGACAACUCGCCUUUACGUCCUCUCUGUCGGCUCACACAGCACAGAGUCCGAUGGAACAGCAGCUUAAGUAUGAAUGUGUGCCUUGGUACAUAUGUUUGUCAAAAAGGAUUUGCUGCAUGGGCAGUGACUCUUCAGCGAGUAUGGAAUGAGCCUUCUGGUUUAAGAGAAUGUUCUUACAUCGAUUCUGGUAAGGUCAUAUUCAGAGAUUGUAUUUUUCUCUGGCAUUGCAUUCUUAUUAAAAACUUUGAUUGUAGAGUGCAUUAAAUGAAAAUGGGUGGAAAAAAUGUAAA